AAGAAGACGAACAGGAUGACAUUGAGAUGACACUUGAAGGGAGUGAUGACCAAUCUAUGUCAAGUCCGGCCCAUCCUAGUGGAUCGAUACAUGAUGAUGCACCAAGUCCGAGAAUACAGGACUUUGACCAGGCUCCUCACUCUGAAUGGAUCAAAAUCGAACCACAGGAUAUCUAUGAUAUGGGAAAGUUUGCUCAAGAUAUACCAGAUGACGAGCUUACUGAUCACGAGGAACCUGACGAAGACGAAGAGACAGAGGGCUGGGUUGACCUGUUGAAUUCUGCGACAUCUGCACCCCCGAUCAAUAACACCGAAAAGGGUUUCACGAUGGGAGAAACAAGUGAUGCCACGGAAUAUGACCAGGAGAAAAUGUUUAAGCAUCUCUGUGCGCGACAAAAUAAUCUUAAAACCUCUACGUCAAAUGAAGGCGAGAUCGAAGAAAGAUUCACAACUAUACGCAAGGAUAUACUAGCCCAUGGUGGCCAAGUGACUACAGAUGUCACAGAUCCAAAGUUGACGCAUGUGGUCUUGGACAAUGAUGACCUUAGCCGUCGAAUCACAUUGAUGCGCCUCACCGAAAAGUGGGUCUUACCCCUUGUUGAGCUACCCAUCUCUGACUGUAUAAUCAUAGACCAAAGAGACGACGCUUCGUUAUCUCGGAUUACAUUCCAUAUUGCAUCGAGGAAGGGACGCUCGCAGACGAGGACCUCAGCCAGCCAACCAUCUUGCCUUCCUACCACAAUCUUGAUGAGUGCCGUGCAACCACCACAACAGCGUGAGGGCUCUCAAAGACCCGAUUCCUCAACAAAUACUCCACGCAGAGGCCGCGGACGUGGAAGAGGACGUGGGGGAGCUGACGGAAGACGACAACCCACCAACCGUUCUGGAGAUGUCGAAUCGGCUCCAAAAAGGGACGGACAAUCAUCUUCCCGCAAUGCCCCUCCCACCCAAUCAUCUCGAACAAGAAAGUUUGGCGGCCAACUUUCGUCAUCAACACCUGAAGCACCCGAAAAUUCAAAAGAAGGUGCUUCUUCUUCUG